CUAGUCUGAAGACCAUUUCAUCAUCUAAUGCUAUAAUUUAUACUCUUUAUUCAUUCUUUUUUCUAACUAUCAACUCCAUUCUCACUCCUCUUCUUCAAAGAUCAAUGGCAGGAAAAGCACACACCCUUGAGAACACACCAACAUGGGCCUUUGCAGGAGUUUUCUUCUUGUUCAUCUACCUCUCUCUCUUUCUGGAGUUCUUUAUCAACUUCAUCAGUAAAUGGUCCAAUAAAAGGCAAAAAAAAGCCAUGAAUACUGCCAUUGAAAAGCUUAGAGAAGAGCUGAUGGUUCUGGGAUUCAUAUCUAUUCUAUUGGGAGUCACUCAGAAUACCAUUUCUAGCAUUUGUGUGCCUAUUAGAUUAGAGAACACUAUGCUUCCUUGUCACCUGCAUCAGCAGAGUUCUCUUAGUUCUGAUGGUGUUCCCAAUCACUGUGCUGCUAAAGGAAAGGUUUCAAUGGUGAGUGAGAGUGGGCUUCAUCAGCUCCAUAUAUUCAUCUUCAUCCUUGCUGUUGUUCAUGUUAUGUGUGCUGUGGCCACAAUGGCUCUUGGAAGAGCCAAAAUGAGAAAAUGGAAGGCUUGGGAGAAGGAGACACAGACUGUUCAGUACCAAGUGGCCAAUGAUUCAAAAAGGUUUAGAUUCAUCAGAGAAACAUCAUUUGCAAGAAGACAUAUAAACAUUGGGACAACGUCGCCACUGUAUAUAUGGACAAUGUGUUUUUUCAGGCAAUUCUAUAACUCAAUUACAAAAGUCGAUUACUUCACUUUGCGUCAUGGAUUCAUUGCAGCUCAUUUCUCAAAAUACAAGACAUUCAAUUUUCAGAAAUAUAUCAAGUACUCUUUAGAGGAUGAUUUCAAAGUUGUUUUCAGAAUCAGGCCAUCAAUGUGGUUUCUUGUUGUUGUUUUCAUGCUCAUUGACAUUCAUGGAUGGUAUUCAUAUUUCUGGUUGUCCUUCAUCCCACUGGCUUUAGUGUUGGCUAUUGGAACAAAGCUUCAAAUAAUUGUUGCAAAAAUGGCAAUAAGACUCCAUGAACAGAAUAGAGUGAUAACAGGAGCUCUUGUAGUGCAACCAAAUGAUGAUCAUUUCUGGUUUAGUAAUCCAAAAUUGAUCUUAUUUCUACUUCAUUUAGUUCUUUUUCAGAAUUCAUUUGAACUCAGCUUUUUCAUUUGGAUUUGGUGGGAAUUUGGAUUGAGAUCUUGUUACCAUGAAAACUUUGAGAUCACCAUUGCAAGAGUUGUUAUAGCGAUUAUUGUUCAAUUUGUUUGCACUUAUAGCACUCUUCCUAUGUAUGCACUUGUAACACAGAUGGGAUCAAAGUUCAAAGGGCAUAUGUUUGAAGAGAGUGUUGGAAAAAUAAUAAGGAAAUGGCAUGAAGAUGUCAGAACUAAGAGGAAGGAGCAACAAGUUGAGGCUGUAACAAAUGUAUCACCCACUCAAUAAAAGGAAAUAUUUACCACUUUUUGUACAUAAGAACCAUGUUAAAUUUUGGCCAAAUUUAUAGAAAUAUAUAUAUUUAUAUAUAUAAACUGAA